GCACUGGGUUGGCACCAAUAAUUUAUAUAUACACUCGAUGACUGAUAGGCCCCCAUGCCUCCAUCUUGGCACUCUCCCACCGUUGUAAAAAAAUAUAUUUUGGAAGCUAUAGAAAUCCAUGUAUUAAUGUAUACAUUAGUGUUUGCCUCGUUUAUUCUAUUACAUACACCGUAAUGCACUUUUAAAUUAUUUAUGUGAGCUUAACAUAAAAAAUAAAAACAUUUUCUUCCAAGUAUAUCUUUUUUUUUUUUGAGAGAUUAAUGUUACGGUCCCCACUACAACAAAAAAAUACUUAAAUACAUGUAAUUUUGUUCUUAACAUUAAAUUGAAAUACUGUAGAAUUCCAUUCAUUCCUAUGAAGGACUGUUCCAACUGGGGAGUGCCAAUUUGCCCGACCGGUGGCUUCAAAGCCUCUCAAUGGCCAAUACAUAGUAAAAUCAAUCUAGGGUUUAUAUACAUUGUUGGUUGGCACUAGCCCAAGACUGAGGGGUACCAGUGAUGUAACUGAAUUUACAUUAUAUAAUUCUUACGAAAGCGCAAUCCAGUUUUCAAGCGAAGUUGUUUCGCAAUAUUAGGUAUGGUCCAAACAAUCACAACGGAAAGCACAUUGGUCGCAUGUAUUCUCCAAGAUGAAUGCCUUUUUACACUUCCGAAGUUACUGCAAUGUGAGUAUAACCGACUUUAGCUAAAGUAGCCAAAAGCAUGCACCUGCUAUGCAAGCACGUUGUUGAACAUGCACCAGUAGUUAUAGCACUCGAAGAGUGUGUUGUGCAUUCAAUAAUGGCUAAACACUAAGCCUAAAUGUUGCUAUGGAGAUAUUGCAGGACUUAGUGACAAUGAAUAGUGAAAUUGCCCAUAUAACAUUGCUCCAAGAAAACAACACAAUUGCUUAAACCAUUUAAUUUGCAUUUCGAAAUCAAUGUAAAUGCAAUGUAUUUUACAUAUGUCUUUAUAAUCAUGAUAUAAGGCCUGGCCUAUUGCCCUAUAUUAAAGCCUUCGUUUUUUAAAAUGAUUUCAAAUCAAAAACCGCAUAAACCCAAACUAUCCCCAUCAACUUGUGUGGUGGUUUUGUUGUCAUGAGGCUCAGAUGUUAGGGAAGUACUCAGUCUGCCACUAGUUUCCAUUGGAACAGACAAAGGCUCCGAGGGCUGGCGGAGGAUGCCGAGCUGGGGGUGCGGGCACCAUCAGGCCGGAAUAUGUAUAUUUCUAAUGUUUGGCAGAUAGCAUAUAUUAAAUAGCAUAUCGCCAUGCAACAUAGGACUGUUGUGACAUAUUGAUGAAGCCGAGAGUGGUUUGCGAGAGAACGCAGGCGCCACGCGGCGAUUGAUAGAGUAUGUGGGGGUCUGGUUUCGCCUCGUCCCGACCGUGUGUGGUUGAACUCGGGCGGAAUCACAGCCUGCCCUUGGGGAUAUGUGGCUCCGACGAGCCUCACUCUCUAUAUGGCUAUAUCGUCGCAAUCCCUUUACAACAGGACUACGGUGGGACCAUGUCGGGAUUGGGGUCGGAUUCCUGGUGGAAGAAAACCAUCUAUAUCACCGGCGGUGCCCUCCUCGCUGCUGCUGCCUACCUAUUACACGAGCUGCUCGCCAUCAGGAAGGAGCAGGAGUUGGAUUCUAAAGAUGCCAUCAUCCUCCACCAGUUCUCCAGGCCAAACACGGGGGUCCCCAGCCUCUCACCAUUCUGCCUCAAGAUGGAGACCUACCUACGCAUGGUGGACCUGCCCUACCAGAACUACUUUGAUGGGAAACUCUCUCCGCAGGGCAAGAUGCCAUGGAUUGAGUAUAACUGGCAGCAGGUGUCGGGGUCAGAGUUCAUCAUUGACUUCCUGGAAGAGAAGCUGGGCGUCAACCUCAACAAGAACCUCAGUCCCCAGGAAAGAGCUGUGUCCCGGGCUGUCACCAAGAUGGUGGAGGAGCACCUCUACUGGACAAUAGCCUAUUGCCAGUGGGUAGACAACCUGGAGGAGACCCAGAAGAUGCUGCCAGUCACUGGUCCUCUCAGUGACAUGCUAAAGUGGAUCCUCGGCCACCUGAACAGCAGCAUGGUGCAAAGGGAGAUGUACGGCCAUGGCAUCGGACGCUUCUCCAAGGAGGAAGUCUACAAGCUGAUGGAGAAGGACAUGCACACGCUGGCCGAACUGCUCGGAGAUAAGAAGUACUUCAUGGGGCCUAAGAUGUCGACAGUAGAUGCUGCUGUGUUUGGUCACCUGGCCCAGGCUAUGUGGACACUACCCGGCACACGUCCUGAACAGCUCAUCAAAGGCGAGCUCAUUAACCUGGCCAUGUUCUGUGAGCGCAUGCGGAGAAAGUUCUGGCCUGAGUGGUUCGUGGACAUAGAGGACGUGUACUAUGACGGAGCAGACACUGACAGCAGCGAGGGCUCUUCUACAGGCCUGAUGGACUUUGGCCUGUUCUCCCGGACAGACACCAUGGAGGAGAGCGAAGCUUCUGACAAACACACACACUCACACACUCACUCCCCCGAUACGGACCACUCGCUGUUCGACUCGGACGUGGGCACGGGCUCGGACAAUGGGCCGCAGCUUAAGUGUGAACCUCCUAAUCCUGCCCCUUCCAGUCCCAAACCUCCCAACCCUUGACCCAUCCUUACCAAGGCAGGUGGAGUGGGUUUGGCUGAGGCAGUCAGACGGCCCGGGAACUCCAAACUAGUCAGGGCGCUGCUAUCUGGAUUGGCAUCAUAGAGCUGCGGAACACAGAGGCACAGUUCUCGCUUCUCCUGCUGCCCCUCCCUCUCUUCCAGAGAUCUGUGCUCACACAUGGAGGCGCAGUUAUAUUCCAUGAUGACUGAAAACUAUAUCCUAACACUGUAAUAUCAGUGAGCUCCGACAAACUGUGUGUUUGUAUGCAGAGCGUAUAAAUCGAACCCCGUGUUACAUGUGUUACAAUGUGAUUUCCUCACCCCGAGUGAUUGUGACAUUGCCAAUAUGGCACUAUCACAGACAUUGCCUUAUUUGUGUCAGUUGUCCAAGGCUACAGGCUAGUGUAAAACGUCAUGAGAGAGAUUGUUGGUUGAACCAGUGAGUGGAGUGUCUGUCCAUGGAAUACAGACAACAUGGCUGUUUCUUUAGAAAUGUAGCUAGUGAAAGAGAGACGACGAUGAUGAUGGUAGCAGAAACAUGAAAACACUGGAGUUUUUAGAGAAAACCGAGGUCAGUCAUUUUGACACAUUGUAAAGUGUGAUAUAUAAAGAGUCUUUGACUUGGGUGGCUGCUCUAGUCUGUGUCUUACUAACGGUGGGCUAUUCUACCAGUAGUCCUAUGGUUUGUGGCUUGCUGCUGAGCAUCAGCCAUAAUCACUGGCCUUUCCAUCAACUCUGUGUCUAACUUCACUCUAGUAAAGGAGAUUGGGAUACGCAAAAGGAACUGGAGAUGGAACAUUCUUGUCGGAGUAGAGCCGACUCUUGUAUCUCACCACUAGAGGGUGCUGUAUCUAUACAUUCAUCCUGCUGUCUAUUUAGCUCUAUGGUCUCGAGUCCUGUCGGUUUCUGCCACUUGGAAUGUUAAAGGCCCAAUGAAGUCAAAACGUGAUAUUCCUGUGUUUUAUAUACAUUUCCACACUAUGAGUUUGGAUUGAUAUUGUGAAAAUGAUGAUAAGGCCCUUUUAGUGUAAGAGCUGUUUGAAAAGACAGAGCUUUUCAGUCUGUUUUGGUGGGAUGGAGUUUUGGCCUGCCUGGUGACAUCAGACCAAUAAGAAUAGACCAUAAAGAAAUAGAGUUCCAAACCUGUGCCAAUAACAGCUUAGUUUUCAGUUUUCCCCACCCUCACCCAGACCACUUCCAGACAGUCCUAGCUAAAUUCUUGCUUGAGAAUUUGCUCUUUGCUAAGAAGCUGUUUUUCUUUCUUUUUUACCAUUUUAAUUGAAAACAGUCACAGUAAGGUACUUAAAUAUUACACAGAAAUGAUUUGAUAUUGAGAUAAAAACAGCUGCAUUGUUUAAUGAAAUAAUAACAAUAAUACAAUGCAUUCGUUUUCACUUCAGUAUUAACACCAUACGAAUACAGAAAGUUGCUGAAACAGAAUGGAAAGGCCCGUUUGUAGCAAGUAGUGUUAUCCCUUUACGUGUGUGUGUGUGUGUGUGUGUGUGUGUGUGUGUGUGUGUGUGUGUGUGUGUGUGUGUGUGCGUGUGUCUGAGAGAAAGAGACCGGAAGGAUGAUAGUGGGUUGUAAUAUGACUACAUUACCAGGUAUGAUAUAAGCCUUAGUGCACAGAAGUUAUGAAAAGAGGGGUUGAAUGUGAAUCGUGAAUGCAGAUUGAUUUUUGCUUUCUUUACUCAGUAACUCUCAACUUAUUUGAAAACAGUGAAACCAGCACUUUGUUUUUAUUUGUGAUUAACUUAAGUUUGCGAUGUUUUAUCGUUUGUAUCUUUAUUGCUCUCACGGAGAGAUUUUUGUUGCAUGUUGUUUAAAAUGGGCAAAACUAAUGCACCUAGGACGCUGGGGAUUGUCGUGAUAAGAUGGUGAGGCCAAAUGAAUGGAAUGAGACAUGUACAUAAAUGACACAGGUCACUGGAUGUCUGUGUGGUAGCUAGGCUUUCAAGUUGAACUAUUGAUAGGUGUAUCAGGAUGACCUUGAGAGAAGAUCAUGUUUAUUCGCAAAGUUGCAAUGUCAAAGUAAAUAGUUGUUUGCAAAGGCACAUGGACAAAAGACCAAAUAAAAAAGUAAAAUGUCAAUCUGCUAGGAUUAUACUCACCCUACCUCCCAAUGAUGAAACAUAAAAUUGCAAAACAAUGGGGACCAAGACACGGAUCUGUCUAAACCUUUUCUCAAUUGUCCUUUAAGUGUCUUUUAAUUAGACUUUUUGUGUCUGUAAUUGAGCAAAUAUCUUUGAGGGUGUUUGAUUGAAUUGCAUUGUCUUAUUGUUGAAAUUAUUUUAUUUUAGAAGUAUGGGCAGACCAGACCUGCAAUGAGAGAA